AUGCGGAUGCUAAACUAUCUCAACUAUAUUUGUAUCGCAGUGAUUGGUUUCGCGACCUGUGAGGUUUCGCGACAAAAGCUUGAGGAAAUUGCAAUUGAGAGUUUGGAUUGCCGCGAAAAUACGUGCACGAAUUUGAAAUACCCUUUGGCUGCAGAAGUGGCCUACUUCUCAGAAAAAGUGACUAAACAUUUAAGGAACUACGAAUCUCUCAUUCUUCAUAGUUCCCAUUUGGCCAAUUUGCCGAGAAAACUCUUUCUAAAACUUCCUCAGCUUGUGGCAUUCCAUGUAUUGGAGUGCGAGCUUCAACAAGUUGAUCGAGAAUGUUUUGAGGGUGCCAAAAGCUUGAGAAGAUUGAAUUUGGGGGGAAAUGCCCUCCGAGUUCUGGAUAGCAACACUUUUGAAUUGGCCACCCAACUGGAGGAACUCAACUUAUCAGACAAUCAAAUAGAGGAUCUGCCCACCACCAUAUUUCGGCCCCUAAAGAACCUUCAAAGGAUCAACUUAUCUAAAAAUCGGUUGAUGACUAUAUCCCAGUACAUCUUCUCACAACUAGGAUCUCUUAAUUCCAUAAAUCUGGACAGUAAUCAGUUGAGUGAACUGCCUGGCGAACUUUUCAGAGAUCAGCGAAAACAUUUGUCAGAUUUCUCAGCCAGAAACAAUCAACUCGAGCGGAUUCCUUUUAAUAUGUUUAGUAAGAUUGCUCAUCUCUCGCUCUCGUUCAAUCGCCAACUCAGAAGUCUGCAUCUAUCAGCUGAAAUCAAUGAGCUGGAGGCCACCAAUUGUGGUCUCGAAUCAGUGAAGUUGGAUGGACGGGUGGUUGGUGUCCAACUGGAGACUAACCUGAAUCUGAAUGAGUUGAAGAUUUCCGAGCCCCAGGAUCUGGAGCAUCUCUACGUGGCCAAUACCAAUCUGUACAAACUUGACUUCCUGUCGAAGGCCACUAAACUAGUUGACUUGGAUGUAACGGGCAUUGUAAAUCUCGCGGACUUGCCAGAAAUUACCUCAGCCAAGGGAUUGGAAAGAUUGAGCUUUACCUACGACAACUUGACUUCGGAUCACAUGGACAUGCUGCCGCAUCUGAAGGAUCUCAACUACUUAGAGAUCAGCCACGAAGAGGGAAGCGAGAUCUUUAUUAAGGAUCUGGACGAGGACUUCUUUGUUGAGGAAUCGGAACUUAACUGCGGUCAAUUGGCGGAUCUGUUGGAGUUCGAACUGCCCAAGGAUACAGCCAUCUUGGAAGAUCGACUAGUUGGAGAUCCUCGGGGGCCAAUGAGAUGUGGAAUGUCAUAG